UUAAAGUGAAAAGUAUCUCCUCUUAAUAGUAAAAAACUCGCCAUUCAAAUCCGUUCCUCACCGCGAAAGGAGGCGCGUCUAACGCACGCGCCGCGCUCCUGGCUCGUCCCUCCUUGGGAUCCCGAUCAGAUUUGUACUGCAAAGAUAGAAGCUCCUGUCUCCACUUGAAUGAAAAUGGUUGAUCAGGAGCGUGAAAAGCCACUGGUGCCCAAGGAAGAAGUUUUGGAUUUCGAUUUUCCUCCUCAAACUAUGCUUUCUGGACAGUUUGGGGAAAAUUUUGCAAGCUCAUCGGGAAGCAAUUUAAGAUCAUCCUUAAUUGGGAUGGGUUUCCUACCAGCGCUUGUUGACAAAGUUAUUGAAGAAAAGGGGGUAGAUGAUGUUGAUUUGUUGGUGGACGCACUUGUUGCAUAUUCAGCUCCUCAAAGAUCCAAUUCUGAAUCUUCUGAUUCUUUGGAUAGCUUAUUUGAUGACAAGGAUGAAAGCAGCCCUCCAGAAAUACCCACUUUCAUUGAGCUGAAAGAGGAGCCUGACAUACUCGAUGACGUUGAUGAUGGGAAAAGAGCAUCAUUACAGAUGAUGAAUUUCUCUCUAGAUGAAAUAAACUUUGCAAUUGAUAAGCUUGGUGAAAAUACUCCAAUUGACGAAUUGGUGGACUUCAUUGUUGCUGCCCAGAUAGCUAAGAGGCUUGAAGAGGAGAGACACGAUAUUGUUAGUGAUGCAGAAGAGAGAAAUGAGGAUACCAAUAAUGAAACCUUGUUUGGAACCAUGGAUAAAACACUUCACUUGCUUGAGAUGGGUUUCUCCGAGGCUCAAGUUUCUUGGGCAAUAGAAAAUGUUGGUUCAGAAGCACCAAUCUCAGAGCUUGCUGAUUCAAUUUUUACGGGUCGGACUCCUGUUAAGCCCUCAAUCUCCACGAGUACAAGUGAGUUACGCACUGCAAGCAAUUGCAGAUCUUUCGCUCUGGGAGCGGAAGGUAUCCGAAGAGACCCCUUGCUUGGUUCAGCAAAAGUGGAAACCAGCGAUCUUUAUCCUGAUACAGUUUCUCAAUCCAUGGAUUUCAAUGCCGAACAGAGGCUUUUGGGUAAGAGACCUAAACAAGAGCUUAGUUUCGAUACAGUUCCUCCGUUCGGGCACAUAGACUACGAGGACAAUCAAAAAGGGAAGAGGCCAAAAGAGGAAUACGACGAUGAUUCCAGCUCUUUGUCUGGCCCAACUUGGCUUGAUGAAAAGAUGUACCCUGAGUUCACCGAAUGUGAAAUGCCUAGACCUUUUGACUACAAUCCACGGAGGAGUCUUAGUGGAGUGGUUGCUAGACCGCCAUAUUUCUUUUAUGGGAAUGUUGGGACUGUAUGUCAUGAAUCUUGGGUAAAAAUUUCAAAGUUCCUGUACAACUUGGAGCCUGAAUUUGUGAACACUCGGUUCUUCUCGGCUCUGAGUAGGAAGGAAGGCUACAUACACAAUCUUCCAACUGAAAACAGGUCUCAGAUCCUGCCAAAGCCACCAAUGACCAUUGAAGAGGUAAUGCCGCGUACAAAGAAAUGGUGGCCAGCGUGGGAUGCGCGGAAACAGUUGAGCUGCAUCAGUUCUGAAGUCAAUGGCAUACCCCAACUCUGCGCUAGGCUUCAAAAUACUAUUGCUAGUUCUCAUGGAUUGCUCUCUUCUGAGCAGCAAAGAAACAUACUUCAUCACUGUAGAUCAUUGAAUCUUGUGUGGGUUGGCCCCAACAAGCUUGCACCUCUAGACCCUGAGUACUUAGAAAUUAUUCUAGGUUACCCCUCAAAUCACACUCAAGCAUUUAUUAGUUUAAUAGAAAGACUUCAGUCGCUGAGAUACUGCUUUCAAACGGAUACGUUGGGAUAUUAUCUGUCUGUGUUGAAGUCCAUUUAUCCGAACGGCCUAACAGUAUUGUCUAUUUUCAGCGGAAUUGGUGGAGCAGAAGUUGCUUUCCACCGGCUUGGUAUUCAUUUGAAAGCUGUGGUAUCAGUAGAGACUUCUGAAACCAAAAGGGGGAUUCUCAAGAAAUGGUGGCAGAGCACCGGGCAAACUGGCGAGUUGAUACAAAUUGAAGACAUUCAAAAGCUAACAAGUAGCAAGCUUUCGAGUUUUAUGAACAACUUCGGUGGGUUUGACUUCAUCAUUUGUCAGAACUCGUUCACUCAUUCUCCAAACUCCAAAGUGCCUGCGAAUGUUGAUAGCAUAUCUGGUUUCGACUUCUCGUUGUUUUGCGAGUUUGUCCGCAUUCUGCAACGCGUUCGGACUAUGUCGGAAAAAAAGAGGUGACAAAUUUUCCCAUGUCACGAGUAUUUGUGGCAUGUCGCCAAAUGCAUCAUGAUAAAAGUAAUAUUCUACCUUUUUCCCUAGCUCUUAUUUAUUCUCUCUUGAAGUUAUGUAUGUAAGAAUUUGUUCAACCUUCAAGUGGAAAAAGGAGAGAUGAUCGUAUUAGGUUGUGGAAACAAUGUAUAUAGGGCUUCAUGCUUCUCUCUUUGAUUCAUGGUGCUUGUUGUUAAGAAUGUGCCUUCAGAUUGUUUAGGAUAAUCAAAUUUUGGCGAAUA